AUGUCUACCAGUACCUCUGAAAGUGCUUCAAACCUGCCUGUGCCUCCGCGUCAGAAUGUAGACGCACACCACCAGGCAUGGACCGACUGGGCGAGAAGAGCCCCAGGACAAAAGCUCACCUCGGAGAAAGAGAGACACGCCUUAGCAUGCGCGACCGAGAUACAGCAAGCUGUGAGAGCUGGCCAUAUCAAACCCGAACACGCCCGCAAGGCCUACGAAAUAGUGAUACUGACCGCACAUCGCGAGUCGGAUUUCAACCCGGGAGCUAAAAACCCCAAAAGCUCGGCCACCGGCAUUCUGCAACAAACCAAGCAAUUUCAUCAGCGGAGUCCGCUGAAUCCCGCGAGUGUCCGAAAUGUGCCACUCACAACGGAACAGCGCAUGAAUGUAAAGACGUCUGUUGGGUUCUUCCUCAGGCAGCUCGCACACACCCCCAACUGGCAUGAGAUGAAGAUACAGGAUGCGGCGCAUCAGGUGCAGAAGUUCCCUCUCAAGGACAUGCACCGCUAUGCCGACCCCGAGAUCACUAGGGAGGCUGUCUGCUUGGGUGGUGCUUUAUUUCCCGGACAACCUUCGAUGAUCAAUAACGCGGCUUACUCGGAUCAGGAGAAGGCUAAACUCAGUUGUCCCGAUCCCAGUCGCUUCGGUUGUCCUGUCGGCACCCCCGAUGAGGGCACCCCCGAGCCAUCGGAGCAAACAACUGGCGACGGGAUCCGGUUCCCCGAGGUUCAUUUGCCCUCGGAUGUUCCACCUAUCGACUUGGGACCAAAAGAUCCCAUGCCAAAGGAGGCACGCCAAAAAUGGGAUCACGCGGUAAAGACGGGCAGUAUAGAUCCCGGGACUGCGAUACUCGGAAUGGGGGGAGGGGCGGCCCUGGGAGCAGCCACGGCAGGAGGUGUUACUGUCGUCCCAAGUGGUGCAGGACUAGCUCUUUCAUUCAACCUCCUUCAUCCUGCAGGUCAAAUCGGUGCCUUGGUAGGGCUCGGCGUUGCUGGGACGUGGUGGGCAUAUGAUUAUUUCACUCGUGACGACGUUGAAACCCAGGGGCCCUCUGAACACCAGAAGAAAUGA